AUGGCCAACCAAGAAUCGGCAGAGACGCCAGGCGCAUUUCCGACGCUGGACUCUCUUCUUUUCCCGUCCGCACAAACCUCCAUUUCACAGACUCUCGCUUCCUUGCGUAGGUCUGCACUGUCUGUUUCCAAUCGGCUGAAGUCCAUUGAAACAGAUGCGGAAUUUGUGCGCGAGGUCGCAGAACAUUAUGGACUGCCGCUUGUUGCGAAUGAACGCUGUGGGAGCUGGUAUAUUGACCCCGAGACCAAGAGUGGUAGUGCUUAUUUUAAGAGCACGGAUGGUCACAGUGGACAGUGGGAUUUUAGCUUUCGUAGGCUGAAUUUGCAGCUUCUUCCUCUGGCUAGAGAAAAUGGGGGAUGUGUUAUCGUUGACUCGACCCGCCGAGGAAAAUUGAUGCCAGACGCAUUAUCCAAAACAAUCCCUAUCUGGGCCGCCGUCGUGAACCGCACACUCUUCCCCACCGAAACAGCAUAUCACCCCGUCCACCUCCCACCAAAUUACCUCGGCGCAUCAGAAGAAGCCCAGAUCAAAUCCCGCAUCGAUAGCUUCGUCGCCUCACUCAAGCUCGAUCUUAAUCAUCUACGCGAACAAUUAGGCAAACCGAUCCGCAUAGCAUGGGCCAAUCGCAGCUACUUCCACCCAACCGAUCUACACAAGGGCGAUGGAUAUAACCUGCUCGUGUUGUGCUCCGCGUCGCGGCGCGUGCAGGGCGCAGAGAUGUCUGAGGGUGGAUAUAUCCAGGGUGCAGGUGAUGAUGCGGAGGGCUGGGCUCAUGGGCUGACGCCGCCGGUCUUUUGGGAGCAUCGUGCGCGAUUGAAGGGGACUUCUGAGGAGGAGUUGCCUGCGCUUAUUGGGGAGUUGAUUGCUUCUUCUGGACCGGGUCAGGGUGAGGGUCAGGGUCAGGGUAAUGUGGCGCGUAUCGCGCCGACGAGGAAUUUGUUUAUUGGUGUUAGUUCUGGUGGGAUGGGGGAGGCGGGUUCGUAUGAUCUUGUCAUUGAUUGUAAUGAUAAUGGCACGGGCGAGGGCGAAGAAGGGGGUUCCAAGCCCAGUUGCAAGAAGUUGAAUCUGGGCUGUGCUUCCGGGAAGCUGGGGAGUCGAGAUCUACGGAAGUCGUUGGAUCGAGUGCGGGAGUUUGUUGCGAGGGAGUUUGCGGAAGACUCUUCGCGGUCUUUGUUGGUGACUUGUGAGAAUGGGAAGGAUCUUUCGGCAGGGACUCUGCUUGCGAUUAUUUGUCUUUUUUACAAUGAUCAAGGGGAAUUUGACAUCUCACAGGGCGAGCGCAGUGUCGGCAAACAAUACAUCCGACAGCGUCUUGCCUGGAUUGUGUCAUCGAAGCACGACGUGAACCCGUCCCGCUCAACGCUUCAAUCGGUCAACGCGUUUCUCAUGUCAUGA